AUGCCACCCCAACCAAACCUCCGAAGACCCGCCGCUCCCACUCCAGACUCUCCGCACCGACAUCGACAACCAAGCAGACCACGACCCAGAUAUGCAGUCCCCCAGCCACAAUUCCAGACCCCUCCUUCUCACGCGACGCCACAGCUACAUCCCUCGUCGGGGCCCAUCCAGAGCGUUCAAUCCGUGCACCCUGCCGCAGCAGCACAAGCAGCCAUCUACGGCCUCUUUAGCCGGAGCGGUCGACAGCGGCCGCAGAUGAUGGAUGAGGAUGAUGAUGAGUCGGAUGAUGGGCUGAAUGAUACAUUUGCGCAGGAAGAUCCAAGGCGAAUUACCAUUGAUACGGAGGGGAAUGAGGUUAGUUUGUCGGAUGAGGAGGCCGCAGGGAUGUUUGAUGAGGAGAUGGAAGGUGGGGAGGAGGACGAGGAUGAGCUAAUGCAGGAUCGAGACAGAUCCCCGACACCCCUUCCGCCUAACCUCCGCGAGAUCUCGUCACUAGCCUCGUGGACAGUCUCAACACACAAGCCAGGCUGCGGUGUCGCUGCUCUUCGUAGCACAAACCCGUCAGAAUACUGGCAAUCUGACGGUCCGCAACCGCACACGCUCAGUCUCCAUUUCUUCAAACUUGUUGCUGUUGUCCGGAUCCGCGUGUACCUUGACUUCGAAAUGGACGAAAGCUACACUCCCACCAAAAUGGUCUUCCUGGCUGGUAUGGGCGGUAACGAUCUCGUCGAGUUUGCAACAUGGGAAGGAGACACACCAUGCGGCUGGGUGAACAUAUCGCUGGAGAACGUGGGAGGUCGAAGCGGUGGCUGGGUUAGGAAGAAGAGACGAAAGCGAGUUACUCGUGCGAACGAUAAACGCGCCUCUGUAUCGGGGGAGCUACUCACACCUGGCGGUUCAAGGAUAGUCUGCAACGUCUCAUUCUGGUUCAUGAGAGGCUUUCCUCGGUAUAUCAAGCGCUGA